GGGAUGACAAGACCCAGCGCUUCUUYGAUCAGACGGUCACCGACCUCCCCUUCUUCCUCACUCUCGAGCCGACUGAUCGUUCCCCGGCGUCUCGUCGCCAUCACUCCUCUGCACAUUUCGAUGUGAUGGAGACGGGGUACGACUUCAUUCUCGCCCCUCCGUGGUCUCGUCGGUUCCGCAGCACCGAGGCCGAUUGGGCGACCAACACUCUCGUUCUCAAAACGAAGUGUGGACAGACGUAUCGUGUACCUUUCAUAGGUACCACGGCGAUACCACGCCCCGAUCCUGCUCCCCCGGAGCCUUCAGUGCCCACACCAUCCCCCUCUAUCACUGUCACCUCGCCUCGRCAGUUCGCUCACUUCAUUCGACAGGACGACGUCACCUUCUUUAUGGUGGACGUGACAGAUCUCUUACACUAUGAUCCACCCUGUCCCGACGCCGAGCUCAUCCCUCUGGAGCCAGAUCCUCCCUCUGUCUCCAUGGCUCCCAUCUCUACUUCCGUCCCUCCGCCGUCCGUCGAGUCCACCCCGCCGUCGGGCGCUGACUCUAACGCUGAGGAACUCGCACGAUAUACGGCUGACUUGGAGCCCGCAGUUCGUGACCUCAUCCGAGAGUACCACGACGUUUUCCCAUCGUCGUUCUCGUACGCCGGCAUCCCACCGAUGCGUGACGUCGAGCACUCCAUUCAGCUUGUGCCUGACUAUCGUGUUCACCACCAGGCACCCUACAGACUCUCGAUUCCCGUGGCCACCGAACUCAAGCGUCAGCUUAAGCUCUUGAGACUGGGUUUCAUUAAACCCAGCAACUCCCCGUGGGGUGCACCCGUCCUCUUUGCUCGCAAAGCGGAUAAAACUCUUCGUCUCUGCAUCGACUAUCGUGGUCUCAACCGCUACACGGUUAAGAACAGCUACCCCAUGCCUCGUUCCGAUGAGUUGUUCGACCGCCUAGCAAAAAACCGCUUCUUUACGAAGAUUGAUCUUCGUAGCGGUUACCAUCAGAUCCGCGUCGCUGCAGCCGACCAGCCGAAGACAGCGUUCCGAUCGCGCUUCGGCCACUACGAGUUUACGGUGAUGCCAUUCGGCCUCACCAAUACACCCGCCACCUUCCAGAGGGCGAUGAACGACAUCCGACAUCUUCAGGGACAUCCUGGAGCAGUACGUUCUCUAGCCGAGUUCCAUGACCAGGCAACUGCCGGUCAUAUGGGCUUCCACAAGACGUUGGCUCGUGUGAGCCGCCUGUACGUCUGGCCGAAGCGCAAGGACUUUGUGAAGGACUACGUUGCAGAGUGUCCCACCUGUCAGGAGGUGAACAGUGCGAACCACCUGCCUUAUGGUUUGCUCCAGCCUCUUCCUAUCCCUGAGGGUCGUUGGCAGUCCAUCUCGAUGAACUUUAUCGGUCCUCUUCGUCCUCCGACCCCUCGCGGUCAUGAUGCUAUCAUGGUCGUCGUCGACCGCUUCACGAAGCGUGCACGCUUUGUUCCGUGCCGCUAUGCCAUCAGUGCACGUGAGGUCGCCGACAUCGUGUUUGACCGGGUCGUGUGUGACCACGACUUACCUCUGAGCAUCAUAUCUGACCGUAACCCGCGCUUUACCAGCCGAUUCUGGCGACGACUCCACGAGGUAUACGACACUCAGCUCCGCUUCUCCUCGUCUUACCAUCCUCAGACUGAUGGUCAGACCGAGAUCAUGAACAGGACUCUCGGAGAUAUUCUUCGAAAGAUUGUUCGUGACGACCAGCAGUGGGAUCUUCAUCUUGCCCACGCGGAGAUAGCCUACAACCACGCCGUCUCGCCGGCCACGGGGAUGUCGCCUUACUAUUGCGACCUCGGCUAUCACCCUCGUGUUCCCGCGGACUUUCUUCAACCGUCACAGAUGCACCCCGACAUAAGUUGUCCCGCGCUGGAUAAUUGGGUUGCACACAUGACGUCGAUCAUGAAGACCGCAAAUGAGCACAUAGCCGCUUCCCAGACUCGCAUGGCAGCACGUGCGAACCGAUCGAGGAUGAACCAUCCAUUCAAAGUCGGUGAUGAUGUGCUUAUCGACGCCCGCCACUUACAGCUCGAAGCGGACACCUUUCGCAAGUUUCGGCGUCGCUUCUUUGGCCCAUGCCGCAUCCUCCAGGCCGUCGGUUCUGAUACGGCAUCUAGCCCGGUCAGCUUUCGUGUGAAGCUGACCGACUACCUACGCCAGGCUCGUGUGCAUGAUGUCUACCACGUCUCGUUACUGCGUCCUUACCGCAGACCGUCUGAGCGUUUCACUGGACGACCAUACGAGCGCCCUCCACCCCUCAUUGUGGACGGCCACGAGGAGUUCCUUGUUUCAAACAUCAUUGGUCGCCGAGUCACCAACGACAACCUCCCCACGUCGAGUAUCUCGUACGUUGGAAGGGUUACCCUGAUGAGGAGGCUACCUGGGAGCCCCUCGAGCACUUGCAGCACGCUCGCAUGUUGGUGCGUGCCUAUGACCAUGCUCGUCGUGCUGGGUUCACUGCUCCUCCUCAGCCCACUGACCCUCCUCCUUCUCCCCCGGUUGAGGAGACCGCUGAAGUCGAGCCUGCUCCAUCUGAGGCAGACCUUCAGCAACAGCCGGAUGCUUCUGAGCGUCCACAACGCACUUGUCGUCAUCCUGCUCGAUACGACGAUUGACUCUGACUUACCUUCCCACGUCUUUGACUUCUCAGUACUCCAUCCACUCCAGUUUUGCUACUUCGGCUCGUCGACGUUGUGGCUCUUCCUCGACGGCAUUCCGGACUUCUCAUCGUGGACGUCAUCGUCAGCUUCAUGGACUUCAUCACGAUCAGCUCUGCCUACUUCAGACGUCGCCACUCUCUUACCACUCUAUCCUGUACAGUACCCUGCUUGUGUCGCAUGAUGGUCUCGCUUUAGCCGGGUUCCU